AUGCCGGUUCCAAGUCUCUACGAGCUUGCAAGACAGCGCCUUAUCAAGAACAUUGAUAUGCUCACCGAUAUCGGCGAUAUACCUUUUUCCUUCCUCGAACCCGUUCUUCGUCAUAUUCAAAAUCCGACACAGUUGCAGGAGCUUGAGGAAGCCUGCCCGCAGAUACAGGGUGAAACAAAGGAAAUAUGGAAGAGGUACAUCAGGAGAGACGUUCCUGAUUGGGACAAGAAGCCGCAUACGCCGCGUGACGACAUGAACUGGAGUAAGGUGUACAGGAAGCUCAUGAGAGACGCAGAGAAGGAGAAACUCGAUCAGGAGAACCAGCUGAAGGAGCAAAUGAAAGCUCUCCAGGCUGGCAGAGAUGUUAACAAGACUGUUAUCAUGAACACCAACAAAGCGUAUGGUGCUCGCAGCAGCAACUUUUGGGCCAGCGCUGGUGGCAGUCGAGGCUUUGGGCAGCCUGCUCCACCGACAAAGACUGGAAAGGUUGCUAUGGACAAGCUCAAGAGGGGCAUGUUCGACCGCAAUCAAGCACGAACCAAGGCAACGCAAACACCGCAGCACCAGCUGGCUAUGAGAAGGAAUAUGGUAGCGCAAAUACCAGAACGACUGGUCAGGAUGGCACAACUCGAGGCGCCAAAGACCAUGGUUCUAUCCAAACAGGCCUCUGCAUCUGCUGCUGAGAGAAGAGUUCCAAAACCUACCACAAAUCAGCAGCAUAUUAAACAACGGCCAGCACAAAUGCCACAACAGAGUGUGGCGCCGCCUCGAACAUCGCUUCCAGCCGGCCAGCAAUUCAAUGCUCCUAAGCUGAAGCCCACUGCCAAUGGUGUCGGAGCUGCUGCGGCGCCGAAGAGGAAGCGAGAAGGGUCGAGCAUGUUCCAGCCGACCAAGCGAAGGAUGUAG